AUGUCAGGCGGGUUAUCAAGUCGAGUCAUGAACAUGAAGUUCAUGCAGAAGGCAGACAAUCUCAAACAAAGGAAAGUAGAAGCUGCAGAAGAAAGACAAGACGAAGAACUGCUGCGGACGAAAGUCUUGGACACAUCAGAGUGGUCCUUGCCGAUUCUGGAAAGCAUACUAAAAAGAGCAUCGAGAAAGCCCCGCACGCAAAGCGUAGGGUACGGCCAGAUCAUGAGCGACGUGAGCUAUUUCCGCAAACGGUCCUGGGGUGGCUCACUACAGAUUGAAGAACUAUCUAGCGAGGCUGCACCUAGUCGAAGUCGAAAGACGGACGCGAACCAGGACUUGAGCUCAAUGUGGCGGAAACGGAAAUUGGAUGAUGGAGAUCAUUACGGAAAGAAGCGAAUGCAUAGAAGUUGA